AGGAUUAGCCCAGGAGAAUGAUUUUUCUUUCGAAACUCUAUCAAGGCCUUGUCUCCGGAUAUCCUUCACUGCUCGGAGAGAAUAACCCCUUGUUCCUCCCUUAGUUUCGCCCCACCAGCGUAUGCAUGUCUGUGAAGUAAGUUAUAUAUACCCCUCUCUCACCACUCCCAUAUGCCUUCAUCCUGCGGCUUGAAAUCAACUUACUCGUGCAUAUCAUCACAUCUCAACUACACUAAAACCUCAUAAUCCAUUCGAAACUACAUUUCAUCAUGGCUCCUCAAGUCCUUGUUCUAGGAAUGCCACGUACUGGCACACAGUGUGCGUUUACCAUGAACUUAUGAUCUUCGUAGCUGAAUAAAAUCCGACUGACCGUUAUAGCGAUCUGUGAGGCUCUUCGUAUACUUGGACAUAAAAACAACUACCAUAUGACAUCGGUUGGACCAAAUAAGCAUCAUGACAAGUGGGUCGCUGCUCUUGAGGCUAAGUUUGAAGGAAAGGGAUCUCAACCAAGUAAGAAGGAAUUCGACGAACUUGUGGGAGACUUUGAUGUAAGGUUACUGUACAACCUAAUUGCCACUAUUACUCAGCCGCUGACCCCCGUGUCCAAAAACAACAGGCCGUGAGCGAUUUCCCAUGCUCUAUCUUCUAUCGCGAACUCAUGACCGCAUAUCCUGAUGCCCAAAUUAUCCUCACCACUCGCUCUGAGGAUGCUUGGUUUGAAUCCAUGUCCAAGACUCUUCACAUUGCCUACGUUAAAGCUCAGAGUGAGCCCUCGAAACUUGCUAAAACCUACAACGAGCACUUAUGGGCAAACGACUUCCCAACCCAUGGACGAGAGGCUUUCCGCAAGCACAACGAGGGAGUACAAAAGGCUGCUGCUGAGCAGGGUCGUGAGGUUUUGAUUUUCGACGCAACCCAAGGAUGGGAAUCACUUUGUGCAUUCCUGGAGAAGCCAGUUCCAGCUGUUUCUUAUCCUCGUAAGGACAUGUGGGUUCCAUAUAAGAACAUGGUCAAGGAGGUGGAGGCUGGAAGAUUGACCGAGAAAGCCAUUACUCUCACCAAGGACCACGGCAAAGAGCUUCCAGCCUUUAUGGCUUCCUACAUCUACACCCAGUCACCAGCUAAGGAUGGAGACAAAAUUACCAUCACCAAAGGUCUCGGCAAGGCACUUCCUCCAUGUCUAGCUGCGUAUAUCUACACCCAGUCUCCUUUGAAGGACGGAGAAUCCAUCACCAUUACCAAAAACCGUGGCAAGGAACUCCCACCUUGCUUGGCGGCAUACAUCUACACCCAAUCCCCUGCCAAGGAUGCUGAAGCUGUAACACUCACCAAGGACCAAGGCAAAGCACUUCCCCCAUGCCUAGCUGCCUACAUCUACACCCAAUCCCCCGCAAAGGAUGGGGAGGCGGUUACCCUCACCAAGGACGAAGGGAAAGCACUCCCUCCAUGUUUGGCCGCCUACAUCUACACCCAAUCUCCCGCAAAGGACGGCGAGGCAGUUACUCUGACCAAGGACCAAGGAAAGGUACUUCCCCCAUGUUUGGCCGCCUAUAUCUACACACAAUCGCCCGCAAGGGACGGAGAAGCGGUUACCCUCACCAAAGACCAGGGCAACGCACUCCCUCCAUAUUUGGCCGCCUACAUCUACACCCAAUCUCCACAGAAGGAUGGAGAGAUUGCCAUCACCAAGGACCAAGGCAAAGAACUCCCUGCUAGCUUGGCUGCGUAUAUCUACACUCAGUCCAAUGUCAAGGCAGCUUAUAUCUAUACCCAAUAGAUGGGUAGAAAGUCGAGGGGAUCUUUGGGGGUUUGGAUUUUUGAUGUUGAUGGGUUUAUUGAUUUAUGACUGUUAUGUAGUUUAGCUUCUUCUCUCUGUCGAUAAGUCGGAUCUAUUGACACUUGGAGAAUCACUUAGUGAAUUGAAGAUGUGUUACUUUAAUUCAAUCAACUAUAAUAACG